AAAGAGCAUGUACACUCCUAACUUGACAGAGCGUUCACAAAUUAUCUUAGUCGUCGCGGACAUCUAAAGACAGGAAGAUCACAGAACCGAUUCCUCCCCAGUGUCUGGUGGUGUCUGUUGGAAUGGAGAUUCCGAGCAUCUCUGUGUUCCUCUGGCUUUUUCUGACUCUCAGUGCUGCAGGCCUCGAAGAGGUGAGUGCUGAGAGCUGUACUAGUGGCUGGACCCAACAUGGAUCACGCUGCUUCAAAUUCAUCUCGACCCAGAAAACAUGGGCUAGUGCUGAGAGAUCCUGUUUGGAUGCUGGGGGGAACCUUGCCUCUGUGCAUAGCUAUGAUGAGCAAAUAUUCAUACAGGAUUUGAUCCUCUCAGCAACUCACGGUUUCCCCCGUACCUGGAUUGGAGGGUAUGACGCUCCACAGGACACAGUAUGGUUCUGGAGCGAUGGGACUAAAGUGGACUUUAAGUUUUGGGCUUAUGAGAAACCAGACGGUCCCCGGGACAACUGUAUGGUGACUAAUUCUGCAGGUGCAUUGAAGUGGGAUAAUGAUUACUGUACGAGCCUUCGACCAUACAUGUGUGCCAGAGAGCUCCAUGAGCCGCUGAAGCCGCGUGAACACCUGCUUUUCCUCGUUGGAGCCUACCGUGGGGCUGUGAACAGAACUAAUGAACUUCACGAUAAGGAACCCCUGUCCGAUUUAGAUACAGCCGCAGUUGCCCCGAAUGUAACUAUACUGAACACCCAGCAUUCUUGGCUCUGUCCGUAUGGCUGGGAGGAAUAUGAAUCUGUAUGCUAUGCCUUUAUCAACAUCAAGGAAUCCUGGAGUGAAGCAGAGCAAAGGUGCAAGCAAGUUGGUGGACACCUCGCCUCUGUGCACAGCAAUGAACAAUAUAAUUUCCUUAGGCAGUUAGUCUGGACCCAAGCCUCUGAAAACGUUCGUACUUGGAUUGGCGGUACAGAUGCUUUUAAAGAGGGCAGCUGGACAUGGACUGAUGGAACCAUAUGGAACUACAAUAACUGGGCAAGUGGCCAGCCCAACAACCUUGAUGGAAAACAGCACUGCCUGGACAUGAACUUUGGGGAAAAGUGGAAUGAUGAAAACUGUGAAGUCACACUUCCCUUUAUUUGUCGAAAGCCAGUCUACUAAAGAGAAAUAAAAGGAGAGGAAGGGUCCAAUUGGAAACUUACAGUAAACCUCUGUGAUGAAUCUCCAAACUUCUCACUGCCAGUGUGACUGAAAAACAGCAACCUUAUGUCACAGAGACGUACUCAAUAAAAGCAUGACAAUGAACUGA